AUGGCUGCAACGCUCCCUUCAUCCGGCGCAGCAUCGCCGCUGCUGCUCCACUGCAACGCCGCCCCUUCCGUCUCUUUCCGCCACCGCAGGCGUUGGCAGCGGCCGACUGCCACACGGCACGACGGCCGCGGCGCGCAGCAGCUGCCGCUGCUGGUCGCGCGGUGCCUGCCGGCAGCAGUGCCUCCGGGAGCCAAUGGCGCGUGCGGAGCCAUUGCGGCCUCGGGGCCAGGGGCGGCGGCUUGGAAGGCGCCGUACAGGGGAAGCGAGGGGCAAGGGUCGCUGUGGAUGGUCUUCCUCGCCACCGCGGUGGUCGUGUGCGGCUCCUUCGAGUUCGGCACCUGUGUGGGGUAUUCUGCGCCGGCUCAAGCUGGAAUUGUGAGCGACAUUGGGUUGUCCAACUCCGAGUAUGGUGUCUUUGGAUCUGUCUUGACAAUUGGAGCAAUGCUUGGUGCUGUGACUAGCGGCCGCCUGGCAGACAUUCUUGGACGCAAAAUGACCAUGCGAUUUGCAGCAGUUGUAGGCAUUUUUGGCUGGCUUACUGUAUAUUUUGCCAAGGAUGCUAUGGUGCUCUAUGCUGGAAGAGUUUUGCUGGGAUAUUGUACUGGAGUUCUUUCCUAUGUGGUGCCUGUGUUUAUAUCUGAAAUAGCACCAAAGGGUAUCCGAGGAGGCCUUGCAACCUCAAACCAGUUAUUCAUCUGUUCAGGGUGUUCAGCUGCUUACAUUAUUGGAGCACUUGUUUCAUGGCGCUCUUUGGUUCUAGUAGGAUUAGUACCUUGUGCUGUCCUACUUGUGGGGCUUUUCUUCAUUCCAGAGUCUCCAAGGUGGCUGGCCAACAUAGGGAAAGAGAGAGAAUUCCAUGCUUCAUUACAGGAGUUUAGGGGGGAAGAUUCUGACAUUUCUGAAGAGGCUACUGAGAUCAAGGAUUAUAUAGAAUCAAUUCGUCGAUUGCCUAAGGCCAGGAUUCAAGAUUUAUUUCAGAGCAAAAAUAUGUAUGCAGUCACAGUGGGUGUUGGCCUGAUGAUUUUUCAGCAACUGGGAGGAAUAAAUGCCUUAGGUUUCUAUACAAGCUAUAUUUUUUCCUCUGCAGGGUUUUCUGGAAAACUUGGGACCACCUUGAUUGGCAUUAUUCAGAUUCCAAUCACAUUCUUUGGGGCCCUUCUGAUGGAUAGGAGUGGAAGAAGAGCCCUUCUUUUGGUCUCUUCAUCUGGAACAUUUCUUGGCUGCUUUCUGACUGGACUAUCAUUCUAUUUUAAGGCACAAGGAUUGUGCACACAGCUGGUCCCUACUUUGGCUCUUUGUGGCAUACUGGUAUACUAUGCGGCGUACUCAGUUGGAAUGGGCCCGGUUCCUUGGGUUAUCAUGUCCGAGAUAUUCUCGAUCGACAUGAAAGCAAUAGCUGGAGGGUUCGUAACCCUUGCCAGCUGGAUCGGUUCCUUUGCGAUAUCAUACUCAUUCAACUUCCUCAUGGAUUGGAACCCCGCAGGUACAUUCUUUCUGUUCUCUGCAGCGAGCUUGGUCACUGUGCUGUUCGUGGCAAAGCUAGUACCAGAAACUAAAGGAAGAACACUAGAAGAGAUCCAAAGACAACGACCUACCGUCGAGCAGGAAUCCAGGAAGGUGAUGACUGGUGAGGAGAUGGCAUUCGGACGGGAACUGCCGGACGACCUGACCGCCGACAUCCUGCGCCGCCUCCCGCCGUGCAGUCUGGCCGUCUCCCGGUGCGUCUGCCGUGGGUGGCGUGACCUCGUCGACGCCCGCCGGCUGCUGCGCGCGGACCUGCUCCCGCGCUCCGUGGGCGGCAUCUUCAUGCACUACUACGCGCUCUACUCCCCGGAGUUCUUGGCCCGCCCCACGACGGGACGAUCCUCCAUCUCCGGCGACCUGGACUUCGUCCCAGAUGGCUUCUCUAAGGUCUUGGACCACUGCAACGGCCUCCUGCUCUGCACGGGCGAUUCGGACUUCCAUGACUACGUCGCUAACCCUGCGACGCGGCGGUGGGCACGGCUGCCCCGGCGACCAAGACCAACCCAGAUGGGGAGGAGGAGGAAGAAGGCCUUUCACCAAGGCCAAAUCAAAUGCCUCGUGUACGAUCCCACCGUGUCACCGUAUUACGAGGAGAGGUUGUUUGUUCCGGAAGGCCGUGUGAUAGAAGAGGCCAUUGCUGACACAAGGUUGUUUGUUCCGGAAGGCAGUGCCCGUGUGGCAGAGACCAUUGGUGAAAGCAAAGUCUACUGGCGAGGAGCACUCUACCUUCUCUGCGAAAAUGGUUUUCUUCUGAGGCAAGCGUCUGAGAUGGCCCGACGUGCACGUGCCCUCCCCGACGCGCCCGACGCGCACGCGCUCCUCCUCCUGCGGCGGCGGGUUGUGCCGGCGGCGGCGGCGGCGAGGAUAUCCAUCUCAAAUGCAUAUUACAGGCUGAUUCCAACGCCACCACGCGUUGAAUUCAGGUCUUAUGGAUACCUGACGUUGGGAAGAUCAGAGAAGGGCGUGUAUUGUGCAUCUGAGUAUGACUGGCAUGGACUUCGAAUUUUCUUCCUCAACGAAUCAUGUGGCCAACAAGUAGAGUGGGAACUGAAGCAUAGUGUCGAUUUCACGACCUUUUCACGUAAGUUGGGUGCACUUAAGGGCCACAUUGAUCAACAAAAUGGACCCUGGAUGUUACAGGAUAUCAACUACUACAAAUAUCAUCCGUAUGGCAAUGAAAGCAUAAAGAGGUAG